AAUACCUAUUUUCUUUAAAUAUGUAUAUAUAAUUUCUUUGAAAUAGGUACCUAUUCUAUUUUAUUUCUGGGUGGGUAGGUAAAUGUAGAAAUAUAAAAAAAAAUCUGCGACCAGUUCUUUGUUGAGACUUCAUAAACAUCGAGGUUACAAUGGCAGGACCAACCAACCAAGAUAAAACCGUAUUACCAUUCAACGAACUCAUACAAUUUGUAAAUGACCGUAUGUUAUCAAAUCAAUUGAUAAGAAUACUAAAAUUCUUGAAGAGUGAUGGUGUAGAAUUGCCAUUUAACACCAGUACGUCGGGCAAUAUGGAUGCUGUUUUGAUGAGAAUAGCCCAAAAUAGAGACAAUCUGAUUUGUUUAUUGUACCACCCAAGUAAUGAGUGCAGAGAUAUCUCUGAAAAAAUAAUGGAGAAGUUGACAGAGAAUGAAUUUAAUUAUACAUUGUGUUGUCGGUACGAUCGUGACGAGCAUGGCAAUAAAAUAUUAAUUUACACAAAGUUAUGCCCAAAUGAACAAAUAAAAUCAAACUCAUUUGAAAGUCUUCAAUUUAAAGAAAGUGAAAUGGAUACAGAAAACGAAUCACAAGUGACAACACCAGAUACAGACAUACAAAACGAAAUCUCAUCUAAUACAAAAACCAACCGUGAAACAAUUGGUAUAGAAUUUAAAAUAGACUGUAUACAAACCUCAAUAAAUUUCUUAAAAGAUGCAACCCAACAUUUAUUAGAAUACCCCGAAAUGUCUGUCGAACAGUGUGAGUUUGUGUGCUCCUUAUUUUGGAAACCUUAUAACACGUCUCAUAAUACAAGCAUGGCGGACUGUCUACCAUUGUGGGAGCUCAUGACAAUAUAUGGUUUGAAAUAUAAAUUUAAACUGACAUUUAUGGACACUUUCAGGACUUUUGCCGCGUGGCCAGACUUGCAGGUGUCCAAAGUGAUAAGGUUUCCACUUCGUCUCGUGUUAGAAAAAGUGCUAAAACCGAAAAUGCAAAGUGAAGAAAUUCAAGAUAAGACAGAAGUAAAGGACAGAAUGUCGCAACACUUCAUUAAGGUGUCAUCGCAAACGAUUUUGGACUUUAUGAAAGAUGAAUAUAGGGCAUCUUUGAUUUUUGAAAACGUAAAACCACUGGAAGAAUUGUUCCUCCAAUCUGUGAUGACGUCCAGAAAGGUCAUGUGCGAGGAACACGAAACGCUACUCGCAUAUUACAAUACGACCAAAGUGACACAAGAAUAUGAUCUCAAAGUGGACGUUAUUCGAGUGAACAGAAAGACUAAAUUGAAAGACGUGAUGUUCUCGAAGGUACCGAAAUUUGAUGACAAGUGUAUAACAGAGAAUUUAGAUAAAUUUAAAAAGAUAUCCAAAUUCCCAGUAGUGGGAUAUUUCGACCCAGUGUCGCCGGACCGUAAUCGAUCGAUGCAAAGUGCCGCGGACCGAAGAAACUACCCAGGUCUUAAAACGAAGCUUAUAGAAGCGCUAUCGGUGCCAGUUGAAAGUAACAAGGCUAUGAAAAUGAUGAAGUCUAUGGGGUGGACAGGCGGUCCACUGGGAAAACGUGGAGAUGGCAUCACAGAGCCAAUCAUACCACACCUAAAUCAGGUAUCUCGCACAGGUCUGGGACAUGUCCCGGAUAAUGUGGAUAAACCUCCAAUGACUCAAUCUUCAAUUACUGUUGUACAACCAGCGGGCGUGGAAGUAAAUGUAUUGAAUAACUCCAUAAUGAAAUUUAAAAUCGAAGUGUACAAAUCUCUAAUUGAAUUACUUGAAGCAGAAUCAGAUAUAAAGAUAAUGAGAUUCCAAAAGAAGCUGACGGAAACGGAAAUGUCGUUUGUAGCAAAAUUUUUGCAACCACUCAACAGCCGGUCGUGCAUUACGUUGGACACUGUGUCUGAACUACAAUUAGUGCGUCAAUUGGCUGAAAACAUGUCGAAGGACCACAGAAUAGUUAUUACGACUUGUUACGACGACAAUUACAAACGGUUGACAUUCGUUAAAUCAACUGAACGUGCAAUGAAAAUAAUACGAAAAAGGAGUUCGUCUAAAUAUUGUGCAAUAGACCAAGCCGCCGACGGAUCCUGGCCGACUUCCUUCCCAUUGCUGUCUAAACUCACGAACUACGAAAAAAAGUAUAAUUUCAGAGUUUUCAUUCAAGGAAACUUGACUGUAUUCCUGAAGAACGAGAAUGAGACGCAGAAAGAGUUAUAUUUCGACGUGGCUCCGAGGAAACGCGCUGUUAUAGCGGAAGUUCUUAAAAAUAUUAACAAUGCAGGCUCUGUGUAUAGCAUACGGGGAAUUGAUAUAUAUGAGAGUGAUAUAAUAGACGAACUGUGCAAAGUUAUAACUAAAGAGAUUAAUAUCCAAGUGGAAUAUACUAAGAAAAAAUGCACUUUCAAGAAAGUUAAGGUGACUGAAAUGAAUUCUAACAGUGAUGCAAAGAAUGAUGUCAAAAGUGAUGUUAUAGGUGAUGAAGAUAUAACUGACACUGAUUGUAUUACGGUACUUGCAAAUACAUCAAUCAGUGAUUGUAAGGAAACCAACGGUAACGGUAACGAAAUGAAAUAUAGUAAUGAAAUGGAUAAUUUAACAGAAAAUGGUUGGGGUCAGAUAAUAUCUAAAAAUGGUAACGAAUUAGGAAUUGGUAAAAUGGAUAAAUUCGGAACUGACUACGGUUCCUGUCACAGAAUACCUAAAAAUAUUGAAGAAUCGGCAAAUAUAGUGGAUAGUAAUAAUCCAAAUCGCAUGUACCAUCCAUACAAAAUAUCACCUCUAUAUCGUGAUCUUUCAAACAAUUCAAAGAGUUCAAAAAAGGUUUUUCGUAUUGAACUAAGCAAGAUCUUAUUAAAGUUACUACAGAGUGAACCGGAAGAGAUAGUUGUAAGCUUCGAUCAACGUCUAAGUAAAGAUAAGAUUUCGUACGCGAAAUAUUUGAUCACCUGCCUAAACACCAGAACGCGGUUGAGUGUGUCUGACACUGUAGAAAUAAACUUAGUGACUCAACUCAAGGCGCUGAUGAAGAAUAAUCUGAUGCUCUCCGGGACCGUGAAUGGCGAAAAGAAACUGCUAACAAUCAAGAAGAAGAUGCUAAGUAAAUCAUUUGACAAAAACGUUCCCGUACAGACAGAACUAACGAAGGAAGAUCUGCAUAUACGAGAGAAGGCAGACGGUUCAUACCCAGUAAUUUAUCAACUCUUGCUGCAAAAAGACAAUCGCGUGGCAGAAUUCAAUUUCAACGUCUUCAUCCUAGUCCACAUAUUGGAGUUACUUAAAAAUAAACAACAGAAUUAUAUAGAGUUAUUCUUCGGCGAGGAUAUGACCAGCAGAAAUGAUGAGUACUUGAAAAGUGUUGUACGUAUGGUGAAUACGAAGGAAAUGUUCAAACACUACACAUCGAGUUACGAGAAGAAUAUCAUGUGUAAUAUAUGUGAUUAUUAUGAUGGUGUCAAUUUGAAAUUGGUCCAACCGAAAGAUUGUUUCAGAAAAAUCACCCUAAUAAAGACUUAUAUAGACAAAGAUGAUACAAAAACGAAUGUAGUUUGUAAUUCGUUUGAGGAUAUCCAGAAAACUAUGGUACAUAGUAUUUUGAAACCAGAUAAUAAAGAUUCUUCAUAUAUAGUUAAAGAAUCAACACUUCAUUUGGAAAACGUAAUAAAACCUAACACUGAACAUACAUCAUCUGUUAGUGUAAAUGAAGAUAAUGUUAUAAAACACGCGCCAAAUAAUGAAUCUGGCUGUAUUAAUAUAAAUGUAAAUUCGAGCAAUCCGUUUGAGCGAGUAAUUGAAAAAAAAGCAUUGACUUAUAAUGAUUUGGAAUCAAAUGAUGAUACUGAACAAGAAGUUAAUGAAUAUGACCAUAUGGAAAUUGUUGAUGAUAAAGUACCAACCAUUAAUGAAAAUAAACAAGAAAAUCUUGCAGAUAACCAAAAUACAUGGUCGGAAUCUGAUGUGAUUGGUAAUGAUAUAAAAAAACUAAUCAUACAUGAUCCUCUCAUUAAUGAGGCAAAUUCUAAAGUAGAGACUGCAGAAGAAAAUAAAACCAUAGACACUCCUCUGUUGACGUGUAACAAAAGAUCCCUAUCCAAUGGAUGUAUAUUUGAAAUUAGUAAAAAAACAAAAAUAAGCUCUUUCGAAAACAUAAAAAAAGUUUCCGUCGUUCCCAAUGAUUUUCCCGCACGAAUAAUAACAAAGGAGUCUAUGAUCGACAUACAAAGUAUAAUAUGUAAUUCCAUAGACAAAGAAGAAGUAUUACCGUUGCUACAGUGUCGUGGCAUUCAAAAUGGCUGCCUAGUCUACGCUUGUCACAAUGACAUAAGUUUGCUAUUUCUUAAAAACAUUUUAAAUUCAGCCAGUGGUUUUAAAAUCAUAGAGAAUAAUACAAAUGAGUAUGACUAUAACUUAUUAGAAAUGAAAAUGAAUUUUCUGUGUGACGAUGCAAACAAAAUUUUUCAUACAUUAGAGUCAUACAACACUUGUUUAAACACAAAACUUUGGGUUGUAACUAAUUUUAUAACCAAUGAAGAUAAUAUUGUUAUGAUUCUAGAGGUAGAUAAGAAAUCUUAUGAUUAUAUUUAUAAUAACAAUUUCUGUCUGUACGCUGGUGUCGAUACAGCACGUUUUAAUAUUGUUUGGAAAUAAAUAUAUACAUAUAGUUCUACCAAAUCACUAGAACAGAGCG